AAGUUGCCGUUGACACUUUGUAUAUGGGUUUGACAGCAGGCGGAAUUCCGCGGCCGCGAAAUUCCGGUCCGUGUAUUUUCGGCCUCAAACUAUUGACUGACAGCAAAUCUGACGUUAAAUUUUGAGCUCUGCACAUUUUGUUUGAUACUUUGAAAUAUAUACGAGAAAAUGAUGUGAAACUUCGUAUAUGAAUAACAAAUGAGCAUAUCUCUAUUAAAAAAUACAUGUUGAGAAACUUUUCAACGCGUUUUCCCAUGAUUUGACUUUUUUUUUGUUUUUUGUACAGUUACCCUACUGAAAAAAAGUUGACGCACUGUUACUAUCUUGCAAAGUCUAUAUAAUACAGAGGUCAAUGCAUAGCUCGAUUUUGGUCCACCAUUUUGAAAGCUUAUUUUUGACAGUUAGAUGAAAAAGCGCUCACAAACGAUUCCAAACAACCAAACACUUUUCAGGGCUAAUUGUGCAUUUUGUGCUCAAAACUUAGUGUAACUAUACAUUUCUUUCUCAUGAACGUGGCAUGGAGUAGUUUUUAAGUAAUUUAUCGCUUAAAAAUGACCACAUUCAGAAAUCUGGCCUCUUAGCUUUGGCCCUCUUGAGCUGCACAUGAUUUCGUCGUAAUUUCGGGCACUGAUCUUGUUGUAAUUGAUAAUUUCAAUAUAAUUCUAUCUUUUCUUGAUAUUCGUCAACUUUUUUAGUACAAUAUUACAAAAAAAUGAUGUAAAAAUGACCGAAAAUGCUUUCAGACCACUGCAUGCACAACAACUAAAACCUCAAUGUAUGCUACGAUAAAACUAUUGAAGCUUUUUCAUCCAGCUGUCAAAACUAUACCACUCUUUUUGAUCAAAUGUUCUGCACGACUCGACCUCUGUAUUACACUUAUACACUUUGCAAUCUUGAAUAUGUGUUGUCAGCUUUUCGCAACCUGGCUGUUUUGAUACUAAGAUUUUCUUUCACCAACAUAACCUGUUGAUUGCAUUAUGAUUCGAAAUAUCGUUGUGACAACUAGGGAAUUAAUAUUAAUCCUAAAAUGUUUAUGACCAGAAUACGAUAACGCCAAGCUAUCCAUUAUUAUUAUGUGUAUAUAGUCAUAUGUUGUUAAUGAAUAAAAGUCGGUUGAAAAUAAUGUACAAACAAAUUUCAUUGCCUGCAAUCAUUUGUAGAAGAUGAAAUGUAUAGGAUAUAAAUUGUAGACACAUUUUCCAAGCAAUCUAUUAUUAAUAGAGGCUAUUAUUCCAUACAAACAAGACUUCCAUCAAAUAACUUUUAUUUGUAUUUCCUGAGUGCUGUGCGCCAUCAAUUGAUGGUUGUAUUGUUUCAUAGUUUUGCUUGUUUGUGAGUUCCAUCACGUCCUCUGCCAUCGUUCGAAGUGGGCACUCAUCUGCGCAACUGCGAUGCACAAUCGAACUAAAACCGAUCCCAGAAAAUUCGUCGGUCGGAGUAAAUAAAAAAGUGUAACUGGCCAGUGCACGACGAAGCUCCUGCUGGAACGAUUUGAGAUAAAAUAUAACAGUUGGCUGGAGAUAGUGCUCGAGUUCAAACGUACAUAUACUCUUCAAAUUUCUUUUUUUUUAAUCCAUAAGUGUAAAAUUGCAGCUAUGGCGUUAACAAAUCGUCCUGGUGAAUGUGAUCCAAACACCGCGAUUUCACCUAAAUUUAACAAAAGAACCAUGAUUGAAAAAAAUAAUUUCAAGUCAUACCAUUUAUUUCGGGGUGAUCAGUACCUAUCUAAUAUGAUAGAGCCAAAAAAAAACAGAGCACCGAUUAUUCUAUUCAACUCUCCACACAUGGCAACUUAUUACUAUUUCAAUGAAUCAACGCCUCUUUCGUCACAAAUAUUCUUUCCAAAAGAAAGCUCAGAAAACUAUAAUACUACUGGUAUCAACACGAGUACUUCCUACACGGUUCAUAUGAAUGAAUUGAAUAACGACUCGACAUACAGUUACUAUAAUUGCCUAGCAUCAGAAGGAAACACGUCUUACUUGAAUGUGUCAUGUGAAACCAUUCUUAAUUAUAGCAUUCCGUUGUAUGGAUAUUGUAUACCCUUUCUUUUGCUGGUUACCCUCACAGCAAAUUCUUUAAUAAUUAUUAUCCUCAAUAAAAGAAGCAUGGCGUCACCAACAAAUUGUAUUCUUAUGGCAAUGGCUCUUUGUGAUAUGUUUACCCUUCUUUUUCCGGCACCUGGUUUGAUAUACAUGUAUACAUUUGGAAACCAUUACAAACCAUUGUCACCUUUAAUAGCGUGCUACGUUUGGAAUGCCCUGAAUGAGAUUCUACCUGCAAUGUGUCAUACUGCAUCAGUAUGGCUUACAUUAGCUUUAGCUUUGCAAAGAUACAUAUACGUUUGCCAUGCACCUGCCCGAAAUUGGUGUACUAUUCCUAGAGUAAAAAAAUGCAUUGGUUAUAUCUGUGCUACUGCUUUUUUACACCAAAGCAGUAGAUUUUUUGACAAAGACUUUGAGCCUUUUGGUCUCAUUCGCCUCUUUGAUCCGACUUCGAAAAUAUUGGAGCUGAUUUCCGGCUGAGAUAGGAUCGACCAGCAGUAUCCGCAGCCGCCAUCGUCCGGAGUUACUCAGAGUCAGUGUCGGAGUCAUCCGAAGUCGUUCAGAAUCAGGCGGAAUCAGAGGCAACCGGAGUCGCCCAGAGACGGCAGGAGUCGUAAUCGACCGGAAAUGAUAGAGUCGAAUUUGGCCAAGGUCGGUCAAAGUCGGCCCCGGUGCGAGGAUGCUGUCGCAAAGCAUUGCUGCCGUUGCAAAGUGCUAUUCUUAGGCUGGCAAUACACGAACCGAGAUACCCAACAUCGAUAUUCCUGACAUUUUUGCAGUAACAAUUAUUUUUACUUUUUUUGGUGGAUUUGUUUGAAAAUUCAUGUCGAGAUACGAGUGUUGUAUUUUAUUUUGCAUGAACUACAGUAGAACGUCCAUUAUCCGGGCAGCUCGGGAACAGGCGGAUGCCGGUUAAUCGAUUUCCACGGAUAAUAAUCCAAAUGUCAAAUUCAUAUACAAUUUUUAAAAUUCACUGGUUUUACUAAAAAUUCUCAUCAAAAUAAUCGACUAAUCACUAGUAGAUUUUUUUUUUGAAUCAAUAACAAUGGAUUUAAAAUUGCCUUUUAUCAAAAAUGCCACGCAGCCUCGACUCAACACGGACUCUCUAAGGGACAUUACUGUCCAACAGGAAUUCAAAGCCGCUUUAGACGAGUCUCUACUAUCAGAAAACAGAUAUGAAACUACGAGCGGAACGCUCUAAAAACAAAAAUAAUAAACUGUGCAAGAAAUAUACUCCCACCACGUCGUGGCAACACCAAAUCUGGCUGGUUCGACGAUGAAUGCAGACAAGUGGCCGAACGUAAGAAUACUGCAUACCGAGCAAUGCAGCAACGGCAUAGAACGUGGGCAUGCGCAGAGGAAUAUUCACGGCUCAGACGCGAAGAGAAACGAGUUCACCGCUCCAAGAAGCAUGCUUUGGAAGAGCAAAACAUGCGGGAACUCGAGCAAACCAGAGAGGCGUACGGACCAACACGAAAGUUUUACCAAGCGAUAGCAGGUCACCGAAACAACGUUGUACCUAAGGUAACCUGCUGUCGCAACAAGGAUGGAGAUCUGGUUAGUAACCAGCCAGAGGUCCUCUCGCGGUGGGCUCAGUACUUUGAUGAAUUACUCAACGACCAGUUAAACGAACAGCUAGAAGCGCCACUAGCAGAUAGUGUCAUGCUACUGCCACCUAGCAUAGAAGAAACACGAAAGGCUAUCCGUCGGCUGAAAAAUAACAAGGCACCGGAACCGACUAGAAAACGAAAUCCAUCAAAUAGUUACUGAGGUGUGGGAUAGCGAAUCGAUGCCUUGUGAUUGGAAUCUCGGCAUCAUCUACCCCGUAUACAAGAAGGGAGACAGGUUGGACUGCAACAACUACAGGGGUAUUACGGUGUUGAAUACCGCCUAUAAAAUAUUCUCCCUGAUCCUCCAGGAUCGGCUUGUCCCGCACGUCGAAGAGAUAGUAGGAAACUAUCAAAGAGGAUUCCGAAACGGAAAAUCAACCACUGAUCAGAUCUUCACCAUGCGGCAGAUCUUGGAGAAGAUGGCUGAAUACAGAAACGACACAUAUCAUCUCUUCAUAGACUUCAAAGCCGCAUACGAUAGCAUAGCCAGGGUAAAACUGUACGACGCCAUGAGCUCAUUUGGAAUCCCGGCCAAACUAAUAAGGCUAGUUAGAAUGACUAUGACCAACGUCACAUGCCAGGUGAGGGUGGAUGGAAAACUCUCAGGACCUUUUGCUACCACCAAGGGUCUGCGCCAGGGGGACGGGCUUGCCUGUCUCCUAUUCAACUUGGCGCUAGAGAGGGCCAUCCGCGACUCGAGGGUGGAGACUACGGGAACCAUCUUCUAUAAGUCAACCCAGACCCUGGCAUACGCUGAUGAUAUAGACAUCAUUGGUCUGCGGCUCUCCUAUGUAGCAGAAGCCUACCAAGGGAUAGAGCAGGCGGCAGAGAACCUCGGAUUGCAGAUAAACGAGGCAAAGACCAAACUGAUGGCGGCAACAUCAGCGGACCUACCUGUAAAUAAUCCGAAUCUACGUAGGCGUGAUGCACAAAUAGGUGAACGCACUUUUGAAGUCGUCCCAGAAUUCACCUAUCUUGGGUCAAAGGUCAGCAACGACAACAGUAUGGAAGUUGAGUUGCGCGCAAGGAUGCUGGCUGCCAACCGGUGGUUCUACAGCCUGAAAAAGCAGUUCACCUCAAAGAACCUGUCGCGACGGACGAAGCUGGGACCUCACUGUCGUACAGCGUAUUAAGCUCGCCAGGCUCCGGCUGGCCAUGUUGUACGCAUGGAAACGGACGACCCAGCCCGUAAAGUCUUUUUAGGACGUCCACAAGGACAAAGGAGGCGUGGUAGGCCCAAAUUGAGGUGGCAAGAUGGCGUGGAGGCGUCUGCCAUUAAGGCCGGGAUAACUGGCAGACGAAGGCGCGAGACCGUGAGCGGUUUCGGACACUCCUGAAGCAGGCCAAGACCGCAAAGCGGUUGUAGCGCCGGAUAAGUAAGUCUUAUAGUCUAAUAACAAUAAUGUGGAAUGGCCAAAUGACAAACGUAUGUCAUGUUGAAACAGCAAAUUGGAUACACAAAUACACCAGCGAAGAUUUUUAUUACACA